AUGACCGAUUCCACGCCACGCAAGCGCUCUCGCGCAGCCUGUCUGUCAUGCCAAUCGCGCAAGCGCAAAUGUUCGGGCGAACAGCCCUGCAGUACCUGCGCCCAGGCCGGCGUGGCCUGCGUCUUUAGUGACCUGCCGCGCAAGAAGCGCGCUCGUCGUCCGAGUAUCAUAUACCGGACGUCGCUGGCCGGACUGAACGAGCGACUUGGGCCCUCCUCCGAGCUGGAAGGGCGCGUCCCUCCAGCGUCCACAGCGCGACCGGCCAGUGGCAGCGUCGCAGGAAGUGCGCCGUCGCCAGGCUCGCAGCACUAUCACUUUCACCAGCCUCGGAUCAGCGAGUCGCGGCCAGCGAGCCAUUCGCUUGAGGCGAACUCGGGUGCAGCGUUUGUUCGCAAGUUGGGGUUGCGAAUUGACCCGGCGCGGGCGCCGCGAUUGCAUCUCUUUGCAUGGAAUGUGGGUGAACGGCGAUUGUCGCGGACGGCUUCUUCGACACCGUCUGCUGAUGGGGGACGAUCGGGAUCUGUGGUGCAGAUCUUGCUGGAGUCCGAGAUGCAUCGUCUCGCGGGGAUCUACUUUGAAAAAGUCCACCCGUGCUAUGCGUUUCUCGAUCAAGGGAUCGUUUCUUCGCGGAUCUCGCAGCGCUGGUCGUCAGCAACUUCGCCGAUGGGAACGUCUGGCACCGAGUCGAUCGACCAGCCGUACGACGUGGUUCUUCUCGGCAUCGCCGCCUUGGGCUUGCUCUUCUCCUGUCGGGAGAUGUCAUCUCAAGAGAUAUGGCUCGUCGACACCGCACGAUCAUUGCUCGAGAAGAGCAUUCUCGGCGCAGAGUCACCCACCAUUGACACGGUCACUGGCUGGGUGCUACGCACGGCCUACCUACGUAUGACAGCUUCUCCCCACGCAGCCUGGAUGGCAAGCUGUACGUUGAUGCACUUGAUCGAAGCCGCCAGUCUGCACAUCGAGACUUCCAACUCUGAAUCAUUACCUCCACCACCACCAUCAUCGUCAUCAUCAACCCCUGAUACCAACCUCCGCCGCCGUCUCUUCGGCAUGGCCCGCCACCUAAACACAUGGAUCUCCUUCGAUCUCGGCCGUUCGCGAGUCCCUCGACCCGCCGGUCCAACCCCGCAAGACCUCCCCGAGCUCGAGACCGCCCUCACCGCCGUCCUCGACCUCUCCUACACCGAACCCUCCCUCAUCCUCGUCCAAUGCAACCUCAUGCUCUGCAUCUACCGGCGCGUCCGGGCCCUCAACGCCCACGCGCCCCUCCCCGGCCGCGCACUCGAUCGCAUCCUCGAGCUCGGCGAACGCGGCCUUCACGCUGCCCGCUCCAUGGUCGCCGCCACCUCUCCCUGGCAUCAAGUUGCCAAUGUCCCCUUUCAAGUACUCUGUAUCCUCCUCGCCAUCGACAGUCGCGCAGCGCUGGCCUUGCUGCCGCAAGCGAUGAUCACUCUGCGCGAGGUCCUCGUCGCCUAUGAUACGGACGUCAUGCGCGAGGCCUACUCCACAGCUUACUUGCUGAUUGCGCUGCAUCAACGGCGCAAAGAGGACGACACGAGAGCAUUGGCCGAAGUAUUACGGGCUAAUGCGGCGGCUGCGGUGCCAGCGUCUCUACCGGUGGUGGCGCGGAGGCAGGAAGCCGAGAAAGUCAAGGGUGAUGAAGCGAGGACCGGACGGAGUAUGGCCAUGGGCAUGGGCAUGAGCAUGAGCAUCAGUACGAGUACGAGGGACGGGGAGGGUAGUUCCACACGUGUAGAUUCCCAUACGAUACCGAGGCAAGCUCGCGCGCAGGACGUGCUGGGUCCUGUCUCGGACGCGGAGCUCUCGUGGUUGGGUGAUUUGAUGAUUGAUAUGCCGAGUCUUCAGAAUUUUGAUCUAGAUCAGUUCCUGUUGACGGAUGUACCGUGGCCGUUGCCUGAGAUGGGCAUUUGA